AUGGGAAGUCGAUUAACUCCAGAGAUGGAUGGAUUCUUGUUCUCCGAGACCUUCUCGUUCAAGACUCUCGGUAGUGAAGCUACCUUGAAAGCCGAAUGCCGUUGGAGAUUUUCACCCGCUUUCUCUCCCAAGAAUAUAAACUGGAGCGAUACUCUACACUACAAGUCUAUCGAUCUCGUUUUCAAUCUUAUAUCCUCGGAAUAUAACGACACAGAUUUUCUUGUCGACUGUACCGAAACGCCAUUGGGUGCUAUUAUCAAGGAGUUUCUGGCAUCAAAGUCGUUUUGCUCCGAGGGCAGCGGACUAAACCACGCCGCUGAGGUUUUGAUCAAAGUGUUGAUGAUUCCACAUGAUGGCUAUCUCUGUCGAUAUGACAUUCUACAGUUGAGAAUGGUGCAUUCUGAUUUUAUUGAAAUCGUCGUUCCCUUGUCUGUAGAUGGAAAACAGUAUCCCGAGGCAACUCAAUCUUCAGCCAGUCUGCUUUCUCUCUUGCAAUACUCCCCCGGAGCUUUGAUCUGUAAACGAUCCGUCCAAUUGGCUCAAGGACUUGGGGCAUUUGAUCUCCUCGCCAAGGAAGUCGAUGAGAGGCUUUCGUUUGAUUGGGUGCUCCCGAACAAACCCUUGGCAUCAACUGUGGCAGUCGUUGGCGGUCGCCCUCUGUUCGAUAGCACAACCGGGGGUUAUGGUUCAGAGGGACCAUUUGACGCGGCGAGAGCGCUGGGAAUAGCAGUCAUUGUCCUUGAUCGCCCUGGCCAUUUCAUGGAGGACAAGAAAUACAACCACCUACGAGAUGACUUUAUUGCUGUCGAUAUGACAAUCAACGACAGUCUACCUCAAAGGCUCGCAGUAGCCGUGAAAAGCCGCAAAAUAGACGGCAUCAUCACCUUCUCGGACGAGUACGUCAUUGCAACUGCAAAGGCAGCCGACAUGCUGAAUCUUGAAACGGAGCCUGUCGAGUCUAUCAUUACUGCCCACUACAAGGACGCGACCCGCAAGGUCCUUAAUACUCCCAAUAUGCAGUCCUUACGGUUAAAGAACGCCGCUGACUUGGACAUCGAGGACAUUUCUAAGACGUUGGAUGCCUUGAAGUAUCCUUUGGUGAUAAAGCCGUGUCGUGGUGCCGCCUCUCGAGGUGUCAAAAAGGUUCAGAAUCACCACGACCUCCGAGAAGCAAUCAACCAGCUGGAGAGCGACGGCCUCACAAAGUACGGGAUUCUUCUCGAAACUUACAUAAGCGGGCCAGAAGUAGAUGCCAACAUUGCUCUCUGGGAUGGUGAGCUCAUGUUCAUGGAAAUCACGGAUGACUUUCCUUGCACGGCUGAUGCCAACGACGCCACAAUUGCGGACAGCUUUGGGGAGACUGUCAUGAUAUCACCAACUUUGUUGUGCCAGAAGGAACAGGAACUGUUGAAGUCAUCUCUGCACCAAACCCUAGUCAAACUUGGUUUCCGAAAUGGGGUUUUUCACGUCGAAGCUCGAGUCCAGAACUCGAGGAUGCAAUACAAGGAUAUCGACGGCCUUGUUGACUUGGCCAACACAGACAUUCCACCACCAAGCGAGCCCGAGGUGUAUCUCAUUGAGGUCAACGCGCGUCCACCUGGCCUGGACUGUGCGUUCUCGACCCUCCAUGCUUACGGGGUAGAUCUAUGCGCACUACAGCUACUACAAUGCCUCAAUGAUGGCGAUCGCUUUAAAGCGAUGUGUAAGCCUUUCCUCUCCGAAACACAGUACUGGAGCGCGAACUGCCUGAUUCCAAUUCACCGCCACAACAUUCUGGUACCAGAAGGGUUCUGCGACAAGGUCUUGCAGAAUAUUCCAGACGCUGCUCCUUUGGUUUAUAGGUCUGAGCUUUUUAGACAGCCUGGAACUCUGGUAUCACCGCCGCUGGGUGUUGAGUUUCUAGCUUAUUUCUUAGUACAGUCUAGGACUGAUCGGCGAAAGGUGCUGGAGACUUACCAUCGCCUCAUACAAACUUGUAGAGACGUUUUAGAUAAAGUUUGA